AUUACAAAACCUUCUCCAAGUCACCAAGGUAAUCAUUCAUCGUCUCUGCUGUGAGGACUCGCAACGUCAAUUUCCUCCUUCGGCAUCCUGUCUGGCGACACAGCAAAUCCCCGAUGAAGAAAUCCAGAUCCAGGACCUGCAAGCCAGAGACAGAAAAGGAAUGCGAAAUGAUAUACGAAGGGAAAGCCCGCUCGUCCUCGAUCAUCGUCAUCUCCGAUGAUUCCAGUGAUGACGAUUCUGAAGCAGGGGGCUGUUCAAGAUCGAGAAAUGACAGGGCCCAUGGCCUGGAAUUCUCUGACUAUUUCCAUGCAGGCCACGAUUCGUCAAAGAUCAUAGGCCUGACGAGUCCAACAUCUUCGCACAGCAAGUACACAGCCACCGCGCCCUCUCAGUCGACACCUAGCCAAUUGCGCACCGAAAAUCGGAGCAUCUGUACUGGACAAUGCAAUACAGAUCAAGAGAGGUGUCAGGCAGUUGAUGACGACGACCAUCCAGACCUCAACGUGUAUCUGUCGUAUCUGGACACACAGGACGGCAGGGCACAGCUAAACAUGAUAGAGGAGGCUCCCACACAAGCAACACACGAUCUAGAAGCAUUCACGGCGCACCUUGGCCGACACAAGAUUCGUCACGACAGGGUGACAGCGGAUCUCGCGGAUCUCGACUUGCGAAUUGCGUCCAUGGUAUCGAGCAUUGUCGCUGGCCCCCAGCGUAUGGUGCGAGAGCAACUUCGAGAGGCAGCGGCCUUUAUGCGUCACGACCUGGCCAACUCAUCACAGUAUCUGACAGACGCCCACACCAAGGUGUCUGCGCUCGAAACUCGAGUCAAUGCAUCUCGCGACAUGCGGUCCUGCUGGCUGCGCCUCUGGUCACUUUACGAGGAUCUCAAUCGGCCUGGCUCCAGUCGUGUCAGUCCCAUGCUGAAUCAACUUUGGACAGAUCAAGGCCUCGGUAACAAGGUGGUGUCGGGGAUCUGCGACGCAGAGACGAGACUAGAGCACGCAGACUUGGACAUCCGUGCCUUUGAUGUCAUGUGGGGAGAGAUGGUUGGUUUGGAUGGACAUGGGGAUUGGGAUGGGGAUGGGGAUGGGGAUGGGAAUGGGAAUGGCGAAAGAUGAGCCCCGUCGCUUGUCUGUCCGUAUGCUACACAAUUGGAUGUGGUUCUGGCCUCAGUUGUGUUUCUGAGAGGGCACUUGAAUGUGCGGAUAUGGCCGGAAAUCUCAGCAGAACCGAGUUUCAGAGAUAUUUGCGUAUGAUGGAGAGGUGUUUCACCCACCUUCAGGACUGUCGCGUGCGUCAAGAUGUGGGAUUUAUU